CAUUGGAGCAGAAGAAAGGAAGGAUGAAGGGUGAUAUGUUCGUUGCCUGUAGAGAUGGCGAUUUCUGUAGUAUUCAAAGAUUAUAUCGGGAGAACCCUGGGCUUCUGCAAGAGCUUGCAUUUGAAGGAAACAGUUUUCUCCACAUCGCUGCAAGGGAAGGGCACAGUGAACUUGUUUCAUGGCUUCUUACCCGUUUGAGUGGUUAUCGUUUUAUAAAAAAAAUUCGCAAUGCUGAUAAAAAUACGGCGUUGCAUGAGGGUGCUAAGGGCGGGAGUGAGCAAGUAGUAAGCACUCUGCUUGCCUGCAACAAAUCUGCUGCCUCUAAACGUAAUCAGUUUGGAGAGACGGCUCUGAUAAUAGCAUCUGAGAACGGUAAUGGGGAAGCAGUGAGGCUUUUGUUAGAAGCCACUCCAUGGUUUAUGAUUUUAUGGCCAAAGAAUGAUCACCAAACAUGCCUUCAUGUUGCCACUCCUCUUCAUGUUGCUGUUCAUGAAAGACAUCUUGACAUUGUAGAUCAAAUAAUGAUGACAAACUUGAAAUCAUGGUGGUGUAGGCACUGGUUUGACAACAAUUUGAUGACAAAGAAGGAUUUGUUUGGAAGAUGCCCAAUUCAUGUGGCAGUAUUGAAUGGUUAUUUGGACAUAGUGGAAAGAUUUAUAUCUGUAAUGCCAGACUGCAUAGAAAUUCGUAGUAGAGAUCAUAAAACACCCUUGCAUUAUGCAGUUGAAUAUAAUCAAAAAGAUGUGGUAGAGAAACUCCUUUAUAUGCUAAAGCCCACAAAAGUUGCAAAGUUAGUGAGCUACGACCAUGACAUUUCAGGCAACACCACAUUACAUUUGGCAGCCAAGAAUGGAGUGGACCCUCAGCUUGUGGAAUAUUUGCUAUCAUUUCCUGGCGUAAGGGUCAAAGCACUAAACAGUGAAGCCCAAAGUGCACUCGACAUAGCUAAUAGUGUUGAAUGUGAUAAAAAUCCUAAUUAUAGUAGUAUUGCAAUGAUUCUACGAGAUAAUGGUGCAAGUCAUAGUUCCAUACGACAAUGCGAAGCUUUUGCGUGGCCUAAACAAAGUAAAAAUAAGAGUGACAACAAUGAGGAUAAGGUAAUGUCAGUGGACACACUAGUGGCAUCUCUAGUUGCUACCGUGACAUUUGCAGCCAUUUUUCAGGUACCAGGUGGAACUAGUAAAGAUGCAAUUGAUAAAAUGGCAUUAGAAACCCUUUUUCAAGUUUUUUUAUUUUCUGAUUGCCUUGCCUUCUUUUCCUCCAUUACAGUGGUAAUGGCAUGGAUAUUUAAGGAAAGACUAGAGGAAAAGCUUUCUAUGGAUCAUUCUCCAUUGGCCAAAUUGUCUCUACUAUGUUUGGAAGUCUCAAUAAUGUCAGCAUCACUUGCAUUUCUAAGUGCAACCAUCUUAGCCACAAUACCAUUCAAUCUAAAAGAAAAGGAUAAAUAUAAGGAUGAGGAUUUCAGGGAAUACCAAUUUAUCUUUGGAGGUGAGAUCUUGACAGCAUCACUGGUACCUGCAAUUGCCAUUCUCAUAUUGGCCCUUGUUUGGGCUUAUGAAUAUUACUUCAGGGCUACAAAUGAUUCUCGACAAAAGCAUAAGAUAUUGUUUAAACAGGUUGCAAUCUACAUAAUUCCCCCUUGCCUUCUUAAAAAGGAAAAAAGGUUUGAAUGGACUAAGAAGUGUGAGGAAUCAUUUCAACUUUUGAAGCAGAAAUUGACAACAACACCAGUCUUAACUAUACCAAAUCCUAAUGGACAUUUUAUAGUAAUUACAGAUGCCUCAGGUGAAGGUGUGGGAGUAGUGUUGAUGCAGGAAGGAAAGGUGGUUUCAUUUGAAUCAAGAAACUUAAAGCAAUAUGAAUUGAAUUAUGCACUGCAUGACAUAGAACUUCUAGCUAUUGUUCAUGCAUUACAAAUGUGGAGGCAUUAG